CGGCUUCCCAGCUGUGGAUGAUUGUAACUUCAGCAAGCUUGGCUGAAAGUCUUGCAUACUGCCGGUGAGACUUUAUCCGGGAAUACGGCUUUCCAUGUCCUACAUGAGUAGGUCGAUGCAUAUAAGUAUCAACUGAGAACAUUCUUCGAUGCAACAGAUUAGUGCUCUCAUCAUUUAGUCAACUACAGGGAGUUAUACGGGUUCUUCUAGAAGAAGCGGCGCUCAAUGUCAGAAUCAACAAAAGGCCCAGCCGACGACGCUUUUGCGUCCUUGGAAAAGAAGUACAUUAGGCUCCUGGAACAGAAAAUCACGGCUUUAGAGAACAGCAUAGCCGCCCAUGAUACAACGUGCCAGAAGGCAACGGAUCUCCCACGCUCUGGUUCAGGUGCCAAACACGAAGGUCAGAAGGUCGAAAAUUCAUUGAACGCAGUUGAUUCACAUAAGGAUGGGGAGCGCGAAGAUUCUUCCGAUGAACAAUCCGGUCCGAAGUCCGACGUCAAUGAAGACGUUCCAAACUCCCGCGUACGCCUACUAGAUUCGCGUUAUAACGAAAGCUCCGGCGUCUGGGAGGAAGGUCAGUCAAAGAUGGCAUCGAGAAGCAAAGAGAUGGGGCCUGAACUCGAAUACGCAUUCACAUGGCUGAGAACUUUCGACGACAAGCAGAAGUACGAAAAUACCAAGGUUACUAUAAACUCGGCAAAUCUGGAAGCAAUCAUCAAAAAUGUCUGCCGGGCAUCUUCUCAGUCUAACUUCAGGUCAUUCUCAAGCCGUAUGCCCCCUUCACCGAGUUUCGCGCCGCUAGUUUGGGACUGGGACGAGUUGAACAAGACUGCACUGGACACGGAUGAAAGUGUUUCAGAAGACACGAAGCAGGCUCGGAAGGACCUGUCGCUGCUCCUCGAACAGAUUAGAUUGUGCCCGGAACUUCAACCAUAUUUCGAGAAGCGAAAAUCGUUGUCCCAAACCGGCGAAAUGGAGUACGAAUACCUCUGGACGUUAUUCCCGCCCGGCGAGAUGGUUUUUGCUAAACCAAUCCAAGACUGUCCACAGGCGUUCAUCACGAGAGAGGCAGGCGAAUACUCUGAUAUUACACGCCGCAAUGGAAGAACUGACAGUUAUUUCGAGCUGUCAUGUUGGUCCUAUGAUUGGAAUGGCGAAACUUUUAAUCGAGUUCCCGGUACUCUCAAGAUCGAGAAGUACAUUGGUCCCAAAGCCAUCAACACGCUUCUGUUUUACCCUAUCAAAUAUCACUCAAGCUUGCAGCAGACUGGAGAGGAUCCUGCUAAUCAGGCCAAAGAGGAGAGCAUUCUUUCGUUUCUAAAGGAGCGCGGACAGGUGUUCCGGAAGUUCUGUAUCUCGCAGAAGGGCUCUCAGCUAUUUUGGUGCGAUGGGCCAGUGUUCAGCCGCCAGCUUACAUUGGGAGAAGCGUUAGGGGCUACCAAUUUCGCUAAGGAGUACGAUUCAUCGAGUACGAUAAAUAGCGACGACGAUGGCUCUGACAUUUUGCGAACUUCAAAGGUUGUCGGGCCUGUCAUCAUUGACCACAAGGCGUACUUGCAGUACAGUGGCCAAGGUUUCUGGCCCUUUGGUUCAUUUGCGGUCGAGGAAAGUGUGUACGAGUGCACCUGCGCUGAAUGCAAACGAAACAAUCAACUGAAGAACAUGAUGAAAGUCAACUAUGACAAAUGGGAUAGGAACACCCCUUUCGAAGAGGAUGACCAAUACAUCAUCUGUCCUUCAAGGGUUUUAGGGUACAUCAUGAAUUUAAAAGUUUGGGCGCAGAUGCCUCUGCAGUCCAUUCAUGAAAUAAAGAAAAAAAUUAGGAAGGACGCUUUCGACAAUCUGAUCAUGGAUCCCAAUGCCAAGGAUCUGAUCCGAGGACUGGUGGGAAAUCAUGAGAAGAAGAAGCAUGGUUCACAAAGUUCAAUGAGCAAUGAAGACUGGAUUGAAGGGAAAGGGAAAGGCUUGGUAAUUCUCCUCCACGGACCUCCAGGGGUUGGGAAAACAUCAACAGCCGAAAGUGUCGCUCAAGCGACCGGUAAGCCGCUGUUUGCCGUCAGCGUCAGCGACAUAGGUCUUAAGCCAGACAAAGUGGAAAAAAGCUUGAGCGAAAUAUUCAAGCUCGCGGCAAUGUGGGAGGCUGUUCUCCUGUUUGAUGAAGCGGAUGUCUUUCUAGAGUCUCGAGGCACUGACAAAGGGGACUUAACACGGAACACUCUCGUGACAGUCUUCCUCCGUAUACUCGAAUAUUACGAUGGUAUUCUUAUUUUGACGACAAACCGAAUCAAGAGUUUCGAUAUUGCUGUGCAAUCACGAGUGCACCUUGCAAUCCGAUACAAAGAGCUCUCAACCGACCAGCUGAAGGAACUUUUCCGCACGUUUAUUCGACAGCACAAGAAUGACAUUGAGAAUGAAAAAGAAGUGGAGAAGUGGAUCAAAGACGAUUUUGACUAUGAGUUUGAUGGCAGGCAGAUCAGGAACAUCAUCUCUUCAGCGCGAGCACUAGCUAAGGCCGACGACAACCCAUCCGGUCGGGUUCAUCUUAGACACAUUAAAAGUGUACUAAGGAUGACACAGCAAUUUCAGAAUCAUCUACGUGAUCAAAGAGUUGCAGCACAGAGAGAUCAGGUUAGCGAUAAGUAGUUCUAUGUAACGAGGCCUCUUUAGCCUAGGCGUUAGAAUUGAGUUGAGUUAAGUUGUAUUCAUUUACCCUG